CUGUUGCCUGUUUGAUAUCAGUUAUACACCAAAUUUCUCCCUUAAUGUGCUAUGACCUUACACCUUAAUAAUAAUAUAACCAUGGUCACGGGUUGUUUUAAAUUUCUCUGUAUUGAAUUUUUUAAAUGUAAAUUAAUGUCAUGGGAGUUGAGAAUUUACUACCAAGAUUUUAUUUACGGAAGAAGUUUAUUGUUUUCAUCUCCAUAUAAAAAGGAAAUGAAAUAAUUGAAAUACCGAAAACUUAGGAGCGGUGUGGUGCAGAAACGAUUGAGUUUCAGAAAGAACGUUAAAAUUGUGAUGACACGGAACUGGGUGUGUACCCUACUGAACUGUCUAAUCUGUGGAGCAUGGCGGUACGAGGAAACGAGGAAUUAUGGAUCAUAAGUAUUUUAUCAUUAUUCACAGGCUUGGUGAGUUGUUACUCCCCUUGUUACACACAGGCCACGACAAACUCAGUUCCAGUUGCCCUUUUGUGCUACGAUAACCAGAUAUCUGGUGGGAGUGUCGUCGUCAUAGAUGGAUACAGAGCUAAAGACUCUAGUACUACAAAUUGUCAAUGUAGCGUGUCCAGUCAUAAACCUAGCAGAUUGAAUUUCACCAACUACAACGGCAACUAUCCUGGGAAAGAGUGUGGAAGUACUCUAAGGAUUCAAGCUGAUGGUACUAGUAUACCAAUGAAUUGCUUUGUGACUGACAACCAGCUUCCAAUUAACGGAUCAGAUGUUAAUAUUAAUCUCGAAAAUCCACAACUAGCUUCAAACACAGAUUAUUGUAUAUCUAUUGUGUCAGUUGAUUCAACUGCAAAACUUAAUGUUUCUUGUUAUGGAGACAUGUUACCUUCUACAACAACAACACAGUUUCCCCCAACAACCGAGCAGGAAGAGACAUCGUCAUCUUCCCUAACAACUGGAGGUCAGAUAACAACGAGUACAAUUCAGUCUUCUGUAACAACGAUACAAGUCACAACCACAUCAUCUUCCUUAUCAACCGCCGCACAGAAUCUAUCAACAUCAACCCAGUCAUCAGCUACCACAGAGGUGAUCACCUUAUCACUCUCAACAGCUUCACAAAGCUUACCCACAUCAAGUCAGGCAGCGACAACAUCAACCGAAGCCUUAUUAACAUCAGAAGCAACUUCAACAGACGACGUGUCCAGUUCGUCUUCAUCUCAGACAGUGACUACAUCUGCCGAUAUGUUAACUACACAAGCAUAUAGUGUCUCUAGUGGUCAAACCACAGAUAUAGAUACAACGACUGAAGAAAUGACCACUGAUAAUGACGUAACUACGAAUACGCCAGAGUCAACCACUGGAAAUAACGUCGAAGUGUCAACAACUGCUCCAACUCAAACUUCAGAACACAAAACAACGAAAAAUAUGACAGACUUAACAACUGCUCCAUCUCAAACCUCAGAGCACACAACAACGACAAUUAAGGCAGAAUCAAAAACUGAGCAUUUUAAAACUUCAGAAUCUGUAACAGCCCAAAAUUUGUCCUCAACAACGACUGGACAGGUGUCAACACAACCAAUGACAUUUAUGUCAUCAACCAUAGUCUCAUCUGCAGGUGGUAUCCAAAAUACUACAACUACGAAGAGAACAACACCAGUUACACCUGUUAUAACAACCAGUAAACCGCUACUGGAGCGGGGAACACCGUGGAGUGGAAUAAUUCCAGCAAUAUUAUUGGGAAUUAUAUUACUGGUUGCGUUAGUUCUUGCCUUCGUCAAAUGGCAAAGGAGUCGUGAGAUAAAGUACCCGAAAGAUAAUGAGAGCAUCUCCAUUGAUAAAUACCCGUCCAUAGGAGAAGCAAACUUUGGUUAUGAUGCUUAUGACGAAGGACCGGAGUUUAUUACAGAGUUUACGAAAAGUCCAGAGGAAUUCGAAAUAGACGGGAUUGUUUUAUCUAACUCUACCACAGAUGAUGUAGAACCCCGUAACAUAACGGAAGGACCGUUUGUUAGAUAUAAUGUGAAAGACUACCGGACGAGCGGAAAUAUUCCGAAGUACUCUGUUGUCAAUAGAGGCACACAAAACGGACCUGAUAUUUAUUUCUAGCGAAAAUUGCUUGCGAGAGUUAAUGAAAUUGAGCUGUUGAAUGGUCUACAACACAAACUAUGAACAUUCGACCACAGCAGCAUUUGUAUAAUAAUUUACCGUGUUCAGUGAUGUAAGAUGCUAGUAGUACAUUGACUCCAUUUGAACAUAACAGGAUAAGGACCAAAGGUGUUAGUUCUUUUUCAUCAAGUGCAUCUUACUGACGGAGAAAAUGUUUCACGUCACAAAACUUCUUUGAAUUUAUCUUAAUGGCAACUGUUGUGAGCAGCAUUACAGUACAUUUGGUGCUAUCAUUGUACAUGUAUUUUACACAUCCAUGAUUCGUUUGCAAGGGAGAGUCAGGGUAAAAGAAUUUCAUUUGAAGGUACAUCAGAUCAUAACAGCUUAUAGCUGUUACUGGGUUAUAUGUUAUCUGAUUCUGUCAUUUUUUUCCAAUUAGCAAUCAAACAUGCAAAACCCAAUUGAUUUUUGACUGUUGUAGUCACAUCCUCAAGUGAAAGAAAAUUAAUUGCGAAGAAAACUUACAUUUAGAACAGAUAUGUCCAAAUAGAUACUUUUUAUGGUUAUUGUAUAUUAUAUAUAGACGUAUGUUAUAGAUUGAUUUUGUAUAAUGGGAUCGUUAAUCAUACAGAGCAGGGAACUAAUUUUGUUACAUAAACCAGCAUCAGCAUAAGCAUUUAUUUAGCAACAUCAGGAUCGAGCUAGCAUCAGCAUCAGCAUUUAAAAAACAGCAUUACCAGGAUCAGCAUCAGCAAG